AGGUACUAGGUUUUAAGCUGAGCAGACAAAAAGGAACCUUUGCUAGGGGCUCUGCAGCUUGCUCAGGAGACUUGGGGGUUGGGUGCACCGGGAUGCCUCCAGCCUUGCUUGGCUGGCUGCAAUUCCCAUCUGGCCACUUCCCGCCCUGGGCAUCAUGAGUUACUUCCUGUCUUAUUGCAAGGCUCAUGGAGGCACGGUGCUCACUGGCUACCAGGCCUUAAGAUCUGAGGGCUUCUUGUGCGAUGUGACACUGGAGGCCGAGGGCAGUGAGUUCCCAGCACACAGAUCGCUUCUGGCAUGCUCCAGUGAUUACUUCAGGGCCCUGUUCAAAAGUCACACUCAGGAAUCCAGGGCGCCUGUGAUCCACCUCCGCGUGCCUUCAGCGGCUGCCCUGCAGCGUCUGCUGGACUUCAUGUACACGGCCUGGCUGCCCCUCUCUAUGGACACUGUGGAGGACACGCUGGAGGCUGCCAGCUACCUGCAAGUAACCGAGGCCUUGGGGCUGUGUAGCCACUACCUGGAACGCCAGCUGGCUCCAGAGAACUGCUGCUUUGCUGCCAAUGUGGCAGCGCGCUUUGGCCUGGCCCAUACCUUAGGUGCGGCUGAACACUACAUUGUGCGCCACUUAAGGGCGCUGCUCCUGAUGGGCGCUGGCCCAUCGGGGCUGCUGGAACUCAAUCCCAUGUCUCUAAAGGCUGUGCUGAGUGCCCCCGACGUGUCCAGGGUGACAGAAGCUUGGCUUCUGGGCCUGGCGCUGGCUUGGCUGAAGCAGGAGCCUGCAGUCCAGCGUCUGGCUCACAGCACAACCCUGCUUGGAUGUAUUCGCUUUGGCCUUGUGCCCGCACCCGUGCUGCGGCGUGUGUACUCCGGCUCUGGCCUCACACUACCUGCUCGGGUUAAGGGGCUCAUCAUCCAGGCCCUCAACUACCACAUGGCACCCUCCCGCCAGCCACUGGUACAGAGUAAACAGACCAGCAUCCGGAACCCCCAAACUCGCAUCUUGCUGGUUGGGGGGCGCAGGGUGCGAGACGUGGUCACUGAGGAAGUCAUGGUGCCACAGGUGGCAGCCAGGAAUCAGCGCGCUGCUGCUCCUGAGCCCGAAGAAGAGGAGGAAGAGGAAGACAUGGAAGAGGAGGAAAAGGAUUGGGAGCUCACCCAGGAUGUGGUGUCCUUCGACGUGUACAACCACCGCUGGUACACCCUCACUCGGCUGCCCACUCCUCUGCUGGGACACAGCGUGUGCACACUGGGCAACUUCCUAUUUGUUUUGGGAGGGGAGAGCUUUUCUGGAAGCGCCUCUACUCAUCUGGCCAACAGGCCAGGAGUAGCGUUGGCCCAAGUGCACCGUUAUGACCCGCGAUCUCACGUUUGGACCGCAGUGUCCGCCAUGAGAGAAGCACGGGCCUACUUCUGGUGUGGUGUUGUGGGCGAUAGUCUCCUGGCUGUUGGAGGCUUAAGUGCCAGCGGUGAGGCAUUGGCCUCGGUGGAGAUGUAUGACCUGCGUAGGGACUACUGGACUACAGCUGGGGCAUUGCCACGAGCGUUACACGGCCAUGCGGGUGCUGUUGGGGACCAUGGUACAGUGUACAUCUCAGGGGGCAAGGCAGGGAGAGGUGAGGGUGGCGCAAGUAGCCUCAGGGACUUAUACUCCCUGGGCCCUGGAGAGAGGGCAUGGACUAAGAGGGCGCCUAUGGGCACAGCCCGCUUCGGGCACCACUUGGCAGUGCUGCGUGGGGCAGUGUUUGCCUUUCUGGGAAGAUAUGAGCCCUUCUCUGAGAUUGAGCGCUAUGACCCUGGGACAGACCAGUGGACUCGGUUGAGGCCCCUACCUUAUGAUCGUUUCUGCUAUGGGCUGGCAGUAGUGGAAGAGACAGUGCUGCUGCUAGGCGGUCUCAAGUGGCGGGAAUCACGCCAAGUGCCUACCCGUAAUGUGGUGGGCUAUGACCUGGACCUGGAUCGCUGGGAAGACAUCAGCUGCAUGUUGCCCUGGGCCUGGAGUGGCCUGCAAUGUGUGGUGCUGCAGCUGGCCGAGAGUGAAGAUGAGGAGAGGGAGGGGGAGCUUGGAGAAGUGCUAGAUUUAGUGCUGGGUUAAAUAGGGGAGGCAUCUCCAGAGGACCCAGGAGAAUGUUGUGUUUCAGCAUUCGAUCUAGCUUACAAAGCAGUAGUUGUUUUCUAAGAGUAGCAGUUUCUGAGAAUAAAGGAAGCAAACAAGGCCUUGGCCUAAGAGAAGCAUUUGCCCACAAGCUGCAAGCAGGUGACAGCAGAGGUCAGAUAGAAGGAUAGAUGAGUCACCUUUAGUGCGCUGGUGAUUUUUCAGAAAGACUCAUAUUG